CACUAUAAUCCCGCUGGCCACGUGAUGCCUAGGAGAACAUCACUCCUCCCUCUUGUGCAGUGUUCUUCUUUCUCUGCUGGUGAAACAACGCAAGUACAUAAUCAACUGCCUGCUUUGUAUCCUUCUUUUUAUUUUACACGUGUAGUACGCGAUGGAAUGUCAAUAACACAAACCCGCAAUUUCCAUAUAACCGCCGUUGUAAAUUUUCUCCAGAUAAAUCUUUUCUAUACCCCCUUUUAACUACCUACCUAUUUAGAAGAACAAAUUGAAGAAAUACAACACUUAUAGACAAGAUGGCCCCCUCUGGAACAAGCACAGAUGCACCAGACUCCCUAAUCAGCGCUGAUGACGGCCGCAAGUACUGGUCCGGCAUCGACCCCGACGUCAACGGCAUGCUGGGCGGGUACCCUGCCGUCUCGCGCAUCGACUUAAGAGGCUCGCGGAGCUUCCUGGCUAAACUUGGCCUGGGCCGUACCAAGGGCGUCAAGGCUGUAAAUAGGGCGAUGGAGGGCGGUGCAGGGAUUGGACGCAUAACGCAAGGGCUACUUCUCGACGUUGCAGAGACAGUCGACAUCGUCGAGCCCAUCGCCAAGUUCACAGAUGCGCUCGAGGGCCAGCCGGGAGUAGGCCAAAUCCACAACGUUGGGCUCGAGGAGUGGCGGCCUGACGAUGAUGCUGAAUACGACCUCAUCUGGAACCAGUGGUGUCUCGGCCACCUGACCGACCAGCAGCUCGAAGAAUUCCUAAGACGGUGUAGCGCUGUGCUCAGUGUCGGCGACGAUGGGAAGACGAAAGGGGUUAUCGUGGUAAAGGAGAACUUGAGUACGUCCGAAGAGGACUUGUUUGACUGGGAAGACAGCAGUGUUAUAAGACAAGACGAGACAUUCAGGCGCAUUUUUGAGGAGGCAGGAUUACGCAUAAUUAGGACGGAGAUACAGCACGGGUUCCCUCACGAGCUAUACUCUGUGCGCAUGUACGCAUUGAAGCCUAAAUAAAGCUAAUAGAUGAGUAAAAUAUCUUAAUAGUCCUAUUACAACAGAGCCUUAGUAAUGCUGAUUUCUUCAUUUCUUCAUUUCUUCUCGUUGAUCAUAUAUAAGAGCUGCAUCAUAUGUGAACGUGAUAAAAUUCUCAUGCUUCUUCCCAUUUAUAUCGUUAACCCCAACCUAGACCGGCGUAUCGUCUUCCAAAACUCAAGACUCCGGAUCCACCGCCUUGCUCAGCUUGAACAAGAAAGGGUCCAACCCCUUAACACCGACAUCAACCCUAAAUAGCGCACCGCCGAGUUCAACCUCCUCGGAAGUUCCCUCGCCCUCCUGCAUUCCCGCCGUCGUGAUA